CGCUGUUUCUGCAAUGACCUCGCCGAUAACGGAGUCGGUAGUGUAAGCAGUGUUGUGUGCUCUCCUUGCAUGGUGGAUGAUGGCCGCUUCAAAGCCCGUUGAGCCGCAGUCCGGGAGCAGUCUCCCUCGCUGGCAGCUGGCCCUCCUGAUCGGAACCCCCAUAGUGCUGGGUGUAGGAGCUGUUUACCUGUGGAACCGCAGCAAGACGAAGGACUCACCGGGGAAACGGAAUGGGGAACGGACAACUCCAGAAGGCAGCGCGAGCCCCGUCCAGGGCCAAGACGGCGCAGCUAACCGAACCAGUCGCGAGCUGGAGGACAUGAGUCCUCUGGACCGGGCCCAGGGUGCUAAGAACAAGGGUAACAAGUACUUCAAGGCUGGGAAGUAUGAGCAGGCCAUCCAGUGUUACACAGAGGCCAUUGGCCUGUGUCCUAGAGACAACCAGACAGACCUGUCCACCUUCUACCAGAACAGAGCUGCUGCCUACGAACAGCAGAUGAUGUGGACAGAGGUGGUGCAGGACUGUACCCAGGCUGUAGAGAUGAACCCACGCUACAUCAAGGCCCUGUUCAGGAGGGCCAAGGCCCUGGAGAGACUGGACAACAAGAAGGAGUGCCUGGAAGAUGUGACGGCGGUGUGUAUCCUGGAGGCCUUCCAGAACCAGCAGAGUAUGCUGCUAGCAGACAAAGUCCUCAAACUGCUGGGGAAGGAGAAGGCCAAAGACAAAUACAAGAACCGUGACCCCCUGAUGCCUUCUCCUCAGUUCAUCAAGUCCUACUUCAGCUCCUUCACCGAUGACAUUAUCUCCCAGCCGCUCCAGAAGGGCGAGAAGAAGGACGAGGACAAGGACAACGAGGGCGAGGUCGCAGAGGUCACAGAAAGUUCUGGUUAUCUGAAGGCCAAACAGUACAUGGAGGAGGAGAACUAUGAUAAGAUCAUCAGUGAGUGCACUAAGGAGGUGGAGUCUGGUGGCCGGUACACUGCUGAGGCCCUGUUGCUACGGGCAACCUUCUACCUCCUGAUUGGCAACGCCACCGGCGCCCAGCCCGACCUGGACCGGGUCAUCAACAUGGAGGACGCCAACAUCAAGCUCAGGGCCAAUGCUCUGAUCAAGCGUGGCAGUAUGUACAUGCAGCAGCAGCAGCCUAUGAUGUCAACACAGGACUUCAACAUGGCCGCUGAGAUCGACACGCGCAACGCAGACGUCUACCACCACCGGGGACAGUUGAAGAUCCUUCUGGACCAGGUGGAGGAGGCUGUUGGAGACUUUGAUGAGUGCAUCCUGCUCAGACCUGACUCUGCUCUGGCUCAGGCUCAGAAAUGUUUCGCCCUGUACAGGCAGGCGUACACUGGCAACAGCCAGUCCCAGGUGCAGACGGCCAUGGACGGCUUUGAGGACGUCAUCAGGAGGUUCCCUAAGUGUGCCGAGGGGUACGCUCUGUACGCUCAGGCGUUGACUGACCAGCAGCAGUUUGGCAAGGCAGAUCAGAUGUACAACAAGUGUAUUGACCUGGAGCCAGACAACGCUACAACAUACGUCCACAAGGGGUUGUUGCAGCUCCAGUGGAAGCAGGACUUGGACCUGGGCCUGGACCUCAUCAGCAAGGCCAUCGAGAUCGACAACAAAUGUGACUUUGCCUACGAAACCAUGGGAACUAUCGAAGUUCAAAGGGGCAACCUGGACAAGGCAAUAGACAUGUUCAACAAGGCCAUCAACCUGGCCAAGUCCGAGAUGGAGAUGGCCCACCUCUACUCACUGUGUGACGCAGCAUACGCCCAGACUGAGGUAGCCAGGAAGUAUGGGCUGAAGCCACCCACACUGUAACUACCCUGUCACAUGACCCAAGACCCUCCCACUCUCCACUGCUGAACCUGAUUGUAUUAUAACUGCAGAUGUUUCAGUCAUUUGGUUUUGUAGACAUGCUGGAUAAAUAAAAAAGAGAAACUUGAUCUGUGACCAAAUAUCAGCAUUUCCCAAACUCUGUCCGGGGGUUU